GCAAGGCCCCUCUUGGCGCGUCUGACUUCGGUGGCAGGAGGCGCAGUUCCGGUCCUGGCCUCCGGCUUAGUUAUCUUCUUCAAGACGCUUUACUAAAAAAAGAAAUGUGGUUUAUUUAUUUGCUCAGCUGGCUUUCCCUGGUAAUUCAAAUAUCGUUCGUAACCUUGGCAAUCGCUGCUGGCUUAUACUAUCUUGCUGAAUUAAUAGAGGAGUACACUGUCGCAACUAGCCGAAUCAUAAAGUAUAUGAUAUGGUUCUCCACAGCUGUCUUGGUGGGCCUGUACUGUUUUGAAGGCUUUCCUGUCUUAAUGAUCGGCGUGGGACUUUUCACUAACCUUGUUUACUUUGGACUAUUGCGAACAUUCCCUUACAUUCUCCUUACAUCUCCAAAUUUCAUACUUUCUUGUAUAUUAGUUGUAGUCAACCAUUACAUGGCCUUCCAGUAUUUUGCUGAGGAGUAUUAUCCAUUCUCAGAGGUUCUUUCAUAUUUCACAAUUUGCCUGUGGGUGGUCCCUUUCUCUUUCUUUGUAUCCUUGUCCGCUGGUGAGAAUGUUCUUCCAUCCACAGUCCAGCAUGGGGAUGAUGUUGUUUCAAACUACUUCACAAAAGGCAAAAGAGGAAAGCGCUCUGGAAUCUUGGUGGUGUUCUCUUUUUUAAAAGAAGCAGUGUUACCAAGUCGACAGAAAAUGUACUGAAGAGAGGGAGAAAAUGGGAGUACAGUGUCUCCCUGGAAAAGAUUUUGGCAUGAAUGAAGGGGCACAUAUUAGACAGGGGGAGGGAAGAAAUCCACUAAUGCAUUGCAUCAUUUGACCUUUUGUGAAGAGAAUUGCACAGGAAACCCAAAACUGAACUGUGCUUGUUUAUGUUGAUGGAGUUUUGAUUAAUUUUUUAAUUCCAUUGAGGAUUCAGUUGCAAUAAUUUGGAUGUUUGUGCAUUGUUGAGAGUUAAGCGAUAAGAACAACUGGGAGGGACUACGUCUAUAACAGACAGCAGUGGAGCUUCUAAUCCCGGUGGGGAAGGCAACACCGUCCACCACACUGCCUGGAGGAUGGCUACAGUUAAUAGUGGGAUUGACGGCUUUUGUUCCUUUUGUGUUUUUUUUUUUUUGUAUUCGUUAAAAUGAUUGACUGACUAGAGUUCUGCAGGUUAACUGCAUGGAAAAAAAUCUAAUUAUGACUUAAGCUAAAGUCAAAUGUUAUUUCAGUUGAGCAUAAAACUGUUGACCAAUAAAAAGGAAAACGAAUGCG